CACUCAACUCUAGUUCAGAUCAGCUUUAGCCACACAGGGUGAAGAACACAGAGGGACAGUGUGGGGAAAAAAAAAAAUCAGGAUUCAAAUGAAGGGAGAAAUUACAACACAGUGAGAGAGAGAGAGCCACAGUUAAAAAAAAAAAAUUCAAAAGAAAGGACAUAAAAGUUUAGAGAAAGUUAAGAUUAAAGAGUAGUGGAGAGUCUCUACUCAAAAAGAAUGGGCUCACUGGUGAGCAAUGCUGCUGCUCUUUUCUUAUCUUGCAUUCUGGCUUUGCUCUUUGGAGUUCAUUCAGUCAUUGGCCAAGACCUGAGAGAGAAGGAUGUACUGUGUAAUGAGGAUGGCUGCUUUGUGGUCUAUUUCCAAAGGAAAACAUUCCUGGAAUCAUGGAGGUUCUGCAAAGAGAAAGGUGGCAACUUAGCUACGAUCAAACGCAAGGAGGAUGCCACCAGUAUUGCCACACUUUUCUCAACUCUGGACUUGCGCCAUUCUCGUACAAAGGUCCAGGUUUGGAUUGGUCUGCAGCGCCAGCCUCGCCAGUGUACCACUACACACCCACUCAGAGGUUUCUCCUGGACUACUGGAGACCUGGACACGGAGUAUACAAACUGGUUUAAAGAGGACUCCCCCGAUAUGUGCAUGGUGCCACGCUGUGUGGUCAUGGGCUACAGCAUUCAAGAGCAGAGUGACAAUUUAAAAUGGCUGGAUGUUUCAUGCUCGGUCCCUGUCAAUGGCUAUCUUUGCCAUUAUGGCUACAACGGAAUGUGUCCUGCCUUCUGGAGUGAAGGGGGAGGCAAUGUUCUUUAUACCACACCAUUUAACCUUCAGAGCACAUUGCUUACCUAUGUACCCUUUGGGUCUGUUGCUACCAUGCCAUGCCCUAUAGGCAUCAAGAAGGAACAGUCAGUUUGGUGUAUGUUAAAAGAGGAUGGCUCAGUGGGAUGGUCAAAAAAUCCCCCUCUUUGCUCUGAUCCUCUUGCAUCACACAGUUGGUGUAAUCAAAACAAUGGUGGAUGUGAGCAUUUUUGCAAGCCAGCUGGUGCUCACUUCCACUGUGAGUGUGAUGAUGGGUAUCAACUAGGAGAAGAUGGACAGAGCUGUGAGCUCUUUGAUUUUUGUGAAGGGGCCCCCUGCGAGUUUGAGUGCCUGCCUCUUUCAGAUGGGUAUCGCUGUGACUGUCCAGAGGGAUACAUGCUUGCACCAGAUGAACGUGGAUGUCUGGACGAAGAUGAGUGCCUCCAGAGUCCCUGUGAACAAAUCUGUGAAAACGCUCCUGGCACAUUUGAUUGUCGGUGUCGGGAUGGUUACCACACAGAUGAUGAGGGUGGAUGUGAGGAUGUAGAUGAGUGUAUAGAUGACCCAUGUGAGCAUGCAUGUGAGAACACUCUCGGCUCUCAUAUCUGCCACUGCCAUCUGGGUUUUUCCCCAAUACCUGAGGACCCAAGCCACUGUCAAGACAUUGAUGAGUGCCAGAUCCCCGGGACUUGUGAGCAGAUGUGUGUGAAUUAUGAGGGAAGCUUUGAGUGCUACUGUGAGGAAGGCUUCGAACUUAUGUCUGAUCACUACUCAUGUCGUAAGAGAAGGGUAGGUGUUGACCCAUCUGCCAUUGGGGUCACCCACCAACCUGGUCCUGUAUGGGACCCUUUGGACUAUGGCUGGAAUCUACAGCAGAGCCAUACUGACUGGCCUCCAGAGGAGGACCAACCUCUCGACUGGCUGACUGAUCCACCCAGCAUUUUGAAUUCUGAUGUAAUUUGGGUCACAAGUGCUCCACAGGAGAAAUUGCCCUUUUAUCCAUCAGUGUAUUCUUCGACGCAGGAGUCUGAGAAGGAGGAACACAUAUUAAAUGGGGGGCAGGGAUUUCAGUCGGAGCUGGAAGUUUUUCCAAACACCUUCUAUACCACACCUCCACCCACUGCCAGCUCUAACAAUCUACCAGACUUGCAUGAAGAUGAAAAGGAGACCACCACAACUUUUCCCUUCAAUUUGACCUCUACAAUCUCCGAGGGAGCAUGGAAUUGGUGGGCCAGACUCACCAGCCAUAAACCAGAAGGUUUGGAAAAUUCUGUUACGCCUACGGAUUUUAGCAAUGAGAGAGAUGAAGAAGAGUUCCCCUCUCUGAGUUCUUUGUUCCCAGAGGAGGAGAUGGGGGAGGAGGGAAAUUACUUUGUGGAGAUAACACACGUCCCAUAUCCGACUGCUCCAACUGAGGCUACUCCUUCCACUCCACCCUUAAGUGAGGGUGGACAGAGCGGAGACAUCCAGGAUUCUAACCGGAAAGACAGUGGGCAGACACAGAGCAGCACUUGGCUCCUGGUGGGAGUCCUUGUGCCCGUCUGCAUCUUUAUUUUUGUGAUGCUGGCAUUCGGCAUUUUCUAUUGCACCCACGGUUCUCCUCAGCCACACAGUAAGAAUGUCAGUGAUUGCUACCACUGGAUCUUGGGAGCUCAUGAUACACAGGGAGCUCCUAACCCCUCAGCAGGGGCCAAGACCCAUGUUUAAACACAGAGGAGAGAAAGUGACAGUUAAAUAAAUGGACUCUUACUGAGGUAAGCAGCCAAGUGUUUUACCCUCUGUGUUUUUGGAACUGCCCACUUUGAACACAUUUGGAUAUCACUGUUCAAAGUUGAUAGAUGUGAUUGAGAGACUUUGAAAACACACUGACUUUUUUGGACACAGUUAAUAUGUGGUGUCAACUUUCACAGGUUUCAUACAUUGAUUUGAUCAUGAUUGCACAAGACUAUAUUAUUAAGUACCAAGUUGAAAAUGAAAAUGUGGCCAUAUUCAAGGAUAAUGUGUGUUGACAUAUAUUCAUUUGAGCAUUCCUUUGCUGGAGCCAGUUCAGAUUAGAUCAGAUCAGAAUUAAAAAUUCUGUUGGUCAAAGCCUCUCACGAGGCUACAGCUUUUUGUCUGAGGCAGUAAACUGACUUCAGAGAAUGUAUAGAAGUGUUGUUCCCUUUGAAAUUACUUUGUUUAAAAUAUGCAGAAUGGUUAUUUUGGAAUCAAUGAUGAAAAGAAUCCUGCCCACUGUACAUUUAAUGGGAAAAGCAUGUCAGCUGUCAUUCAUUAUCCAAGUGUAACAAUUUUAUUUAGUUAACAAGGGCUUUUGAUGCAUGUUAGGUCACAUCAGUAGGGAAAAAGGCAAACUCAGCAAAUAUCACUUUAAGCGAGAAUACACAUGACAUGACGACCAAACCCAUAUUUUUGUAUAUUGCAGUUCUAUUAUAUUUAUGUUUGUUUUAUACUUGUUGCCAGCCAUGAAAAUAAAAAAGGAAACGUAACUAUUGUAAUAACUGAACGACACUAUUUAUGAACCUCAUAAACCUAGAGAUAUGCAGGAGAAUGACUGUCCACACAUGGAAAUAUUUUUCCUCUCUGAUGCCUGGUUUAACAGCACUGCUUUCCCAGACAUUUGAAAUAAGUUAAAGCACAGAUGUUCACUUUGCACAAGGAAUGUGGUUGGGGCUGGUAGCUGAUAGAGUUUAGAAAUUUUUCAUAGAUUGGUAUCAAUUUUCCUUCUUAACCUUAAUUUAUUAAGACAGCCUUUAGGAGAUCAUAUUUUAAACCAGCCCUGAACUCCUUGCUGCAAAGACAGUGACCGGUUAACAAUGUCAAGGUUACACAGUUCUUAAUAAAAUGGGAGAAAAUCUACUUAUUGGAAAUGAAUAUGGAACACAUGUUUAUUUUAUUAACAGACUGUGAAAUGUGAUUGCGCCAGAGGUCUUUUUUCUGUUACAAAAUUGUGAAUAAAAGGUAUGACUGGGA